AUGACAAAAGAAUUCAGCGAGAAAACCGAGGUGAGUGUAGGGUUGGAAGCCCUGUGGCAAGCCAUGUCAAAGGAUCUGGGAGUCACAGUUGCAAAGGUUAUACCAAACAUUGUGAAAGAUGUGAAAUUGGUGGAAGGUGAUGGAGGGGUAGGCACAAUCUUUCUCUUCACUUUUUUCUCUGGUGUGACUCCAGUGAGUUACCAGAAGGAGAAGAUCACAGAGCUUGAUGAGAUUUCUCACGAAAUUGGGUUGCAAGUGGUUGAAGGAGGGUAUCUGGAGCAAGGUUUCUCAUACUACAAGACAACUUUUCAACUAUCUGCAACUGGAGAGGAUAAGACUUUGGUCAACGUGAAGAUUUUUUUCAACCAUGAGUCGGAGACUGAAGAAAAUGCUCAACCAGUGAAGACAGCAGAGUCUGCUUUACACUUUCUGCGAUGCCUGGAAACAUAUCUGUUGAAUGAGGAUUGA